UUGGUCGAUCAGUUUGACGAUCAGUUGGUCGAUCAGUUGGUCGAUCAGUUGGUCGAUCAGUUGGUCGAUCAGUUGGACGAUCAGUUGGUCGAUCAGUUGGUCGAUCAGUUGGUCGAUCAGUUGAUCGACCAGUUGGACGAUCAGUUGGUCGACCAGUUGGACGAUCAGUUGGUCGAUCAGUUGGUCGAUCAGUUGGUCGAUCAGUUGGACAAUCAGUUGGUCGACCAGUUGGUCGAUCAGUUGGUCGAUCAGUUGGUCGAUCAGUUGGACGACCAGUUGGUCGACCAGUUGGUCGAUCAGUUGGACGAUCAGUUGGUCGAUCAGUUGGUCGAUCAGUUGGACGAUCAGUUGGUCGAGCAGUUGGUCGAUCAGUUGGUCAAUCAGUUGGUCGAUCAGUUGGUCGAUCAGUUGGACGAUCAGUUGGUCAAUCAGUUGGUCGAUCAGUUGGUCGAUCAGUUGGACGAUCAGUUGGUCGAUCAGUUGGUCGAUCAGUUGGUCAAUCAGUUGGUCGAUCAGUUGGUCGAUCAGUUGGUCGAUCAGUUGGACGAUCAGUUGCCCGACUAG